CUGUGUAAGAGAAGGCUGGGGAAAUGACUAAUAUGUGCAGUUUGAUUCAGAUGUUCCCUCUUUGAUUCAGAUGUUCCCUCUUUGAUUCAGGCCCCCUCCUUUUCUUUCUCUACCCCCUACCUCGCCUUGGAUUUUUCUGCCUUUUAGAAGAGAACGAGUGAGGGAGAGUGGAAGGACUCAGUGAGGAAGGAGUUAAGGGAAUGCUCACUAGGGAUUAUAAAACAGCCAGGCACUUGGAAACAGUUAAGAAGAGAGAAACAGAUCUGCCAGGAGGGAGUGUGGCACUGGAGCCGGUGGUUUAUUUUCAUGCCUCCCUACACAGCAAUGCAGAAGUCUCUCCUACAAUGGGGACGGAGGUAUGGCCUCGCAUGUGCAAGUUUUCUCUCCUCAUACCCUUCAGUCAAGUGCCUUCUGUAGCGUGAAGAAACUGAAAGUGGAGCCGAGUUCGAACUGGGAUAUGACUGGGUACGGCACACACAGCAAAGUCUACAACCAGGGCAAGAACGUGCAGUCCUCCCAAGCAGCCGCCGCAGCAGCCGUCAACGCCUCCCUCCAGAUCCCCAACCCCAGCAUCCCUUACGAGCAGACCAUCAUCUUCCCAGCAAGCACGGGGCACAUCGUGGUCACAUCUGCCAACAGCACUUCUGGUGUGGUUGCGGUGUCUGGGCAAACGCUGGGCGGGCCACACAACCUGAUGCGUCGCAGCACUGUGAGCCUUCUGGACACCUACCAAAAAUGUGGACUUAAGCGCAAGAGUGAGGAGAUUGAGAACACAAGCAGCGUGCAGAUUAUCGAGGAGCAUCCACCAAUGAUUCAGAACAAUGCCAGUGGGGCCACUGUAGCCACCGCCACCACCUCCACGGCCACUUCCAAAAACAGUGGCUCCAACAGUGAAGGGGAUUACCAGCUGGUGCAACAUGAGGUGCUCUGUUCCAUGACCAACACGUACGAAGUGUUAGAGUUUCUUGGCCGUGGAACCUUCGGACAAGUAGUCAAAUGCUGGAAACGUGGCACUAAUGAGAUUGUGGCUAUCAAGAUUCUAAAAAACCAUCCUUCUUAUGCCCGGCAAGGCCAGAUUGAAGUGAGCAUCCUGGCUCGGCUGAGCACGGAAAGCGCGGAUGACUACAACUUUGUCCGUGCUUAUGAAUGCUUCCAGCACAAGAAUCACACAUGCCUGGUAUUUGAAAUGUUGGAGCAGAACCUCUAUGAUUUCUUAAAACAAAAUAAAUUCAGUCCCUUGCCCCUUAAGUACAUUCGACCAAUUCUCCAGCAGGUAGCAACCGCCCUAAUGAAGCUGAAAAGCCUGGGACUGAUUCAUGCUGAUCUCAAACCAGAGAACAUCAUGCUGGUAGACCCAUCCCGACAGCCAUAUAGGGUCAAGGUCAUAGACUUUGGUUCAGCUAGCCAUGUGUCUAAGGCUGUGUGUUCUACUUACCUUCAAUCCAGAUACUACAGAGCCCCUGAAAUCAUCCUCGGUUUACCCUUUUGUGAAGCAAUCGAUAUGUGGUCAUUGGGAUGUGUCAUUGCAGAGCUGUUCUUGGGCUGGCCCUUGUACCCAGGAGCUUCAGAGUACGAUCAGAUUCGCUACAUUUCACAGACGCAGGGCUUACCAGCAGAGUAUUUGUUAAGUGCAGGGACAAAGACGACGAGGUUUUUCAACAGGGAUACAGACUCACCAUAUCCCUUGUGGAGGCUGAAGACGCCAGAUGAUCAUGAGGCAGAGACGGGGAUUAAGUCAAAGGAAGCAAGAAAGUAUAUUUUCAACUGUUUGGAUGAUAUGGCACAGGUAAACAUGACAACGGAUUUGGAAGGAAGCGAUAUGUUGGUGGAAAAGGCAGACCGGCGGGAGUUCAUAGAUCUGUUAAAGAAGAUGUUGACGAUAGACGCGGAUAAGAGGAUAACACCCAUUGAAACUCUGAGCCACCCUUUUGUCACCAUGACACACUUGCUCGACUUCCCUCACAGCACACAUGUCAAGUCCUGCUUCCAGAACAUGGAGAUUUGCAAGCGGCGGGUGAAUAUGUACGACACGGUGAACCAGAGCAAGACACCAUUCAUCACCCACGUAGCCCCAAGUACAUCGACCAACCUGACCAUGACUUUUAACAACCAGCUCAACACAGUCCACAACCAGACCACCAACCUGGCUCCCACCUCCUCCAGUGCCACUAUUUCCUUAGCCAACCCCGAGGUCUCCAUACUAAAUUACCAAUCUGCACUCUACCAGCCCUCAGCGGCGUCCAUGGCUGCGGUGGCCCAGCGGAGCAUGCCCCUGCAGACGGGAACAGCGCAGAUCUGCGCCCGGCCAGACCCCUUACAGCAAGCCCUCAUCGUCUGCCCACCAGGCUUCCAAGGGUUGCAAGCCUCCCCUUCGAAGCACGCGGGGUACUCGGUUCGGAUGGAGAACGCCGUUCCCAUUGUCACUCAGGCUCCUGGGGCACAGCCUCUUCAGAUCCAGCCAGGACUCCUCGCACAGCAAGCAUGGCCCAGUGGCACUCAGCAGAUCCUGCUCCCUCCUGCCUGGCAGCAGCUGACCGGGGUGGCCACCCACACUUCUGUCCAGCACGCCACCGUCAUCCCGGAGUCCAUGGCAGGCACCCAACCGCUGGCAGACUGGAGGAACACGCACGCCCACGGCAGCCACUACAACCCCAUCAUGCAGCAGCCCACGCUGCUGGCCAGCCACGUGGCCCUGCCCGCCGCCCAGCCCGUCAACGUGGGCGUCGCGCACGUCAUGCGCCAGCCACCCGCCGCUGCCUCCGCCAGGAAGAGCAAGCAGCACCAGUCGGCUCCACGCAACGCGUCCACCUAUGAAGUUUCAUCCUCCCAGUCCAUCAGCUCGCCCCAGCGGUCGAAACGCGUGAAGGAGAACACCCCUCCCCGCUGCGCCAUGGUGCACACCAGCCCUGCCUGCAGCACCUCGGUGACGUGCGGCUGGGGCGACGCGGCCGGCAGCGGCGCGCGGGAGCGGCAGCGGCAGACCAUCGUCAUCCCCGACACCCCCAGCCCCGCCGUCAGCGUCAUCACCAUCAGCAGCGACACGGACGAAGAGGAGGAGCAGAAGCAUGCGCCCGCCAGCACCCUGUCCAAGCAAAGGAAGAAUGUCAUCAGCUGUGUCACAGUGCAUGACUCCCCCUACUCCGAUUCCUCCAGCAACAACAGCCCUUACGCCGUGCAACAUCGCACAGGGCAGAAUAAUGGGAACAGCUACGACACCAAAGGGGUUCCAGAGACUCACUGCAGUGGGAACCCCCGAACGAUCAUCGUGCCACCACUGAAAACCCAGGCCAGUGAGGUGUUGGUAGAGUGCGAUAGCCUGGCACCAGUCACCACCAGUCACCACUCAUCCUCCUACAAGUCCAAGUCCUCCAGCACCGUGACCUCCACCAGCGGUCACUCUUCAGGGAGCUCGUCUGGAGCCGUUGCCUAUAGGCAGCAGCGACCAGGAGCACAUUUCCAGCAGCAGCAGCCUCUAAAUCUAAGUCAGGGCCAGCAGCACAUCUCGACCGACCGCGCAGGGAGUCACCGAAGACAGCAAGCCUACAUCACUCCAACGAUAGCUCAGGCCCCGUACUCUUUCCCGCACAACAGCCCCAGCCACGGCACGGUUCAUCCCCACCUGGCCGCGGCUGCCGCUGCCCACCUGCCCACCCAGCCCCACCUGUACACAUACACCGCCCCCGCCGCCCUGGGCUCCACGGGCACCGUCGCGCACCUGGUGGCCUCGCAAGGCUCCGCCCGGCACGCGGUGCAGCACACCACCUACCCCGCCAGCAUCGUCCACCAGGUCCCCGUCAGCAUGGGCCCGCGCGUCCUGCCCUCGCCCACCAUCCACCCGAGUCAGUACCAGGCUCAGUUUGCCCAUCAGACCUAUAUCAGUGCUUCUCCAGCCUCCACAGUCUACACUGGAUACCCGCUGAGCCCCACCAAGGUCAACCAGUACCCUUACAUCUAAACACUGGAAUAAAGAGCGAGAGACGCACCCAGCCCGGGGGGAGUGAGGCAGCCGCUUUUGUAUUGAAGAACAUGACAAACUAACAAUGCAAUGGGAGGCUCGUGUGAAACUUGAACGAAGGAGACUUUAGGAAGAAAAGAAAAAGAGGAAAGAAGGGGGAAAACCAAUUCUACAAUUUUUAUUUAAAAAAAAAAAAGAAAAUGGAAAAAAAGA